UCAUGUCUCUCUCUAAAGAACUUGACAACUUGUUAUAUUGGUCUCAAAAGGCUUCUUCUGUUCAGUUUCAUAAACAAAAAAAUAAGGCAGUUGAACAUGAUCUCGAACACGUAAAGAAAAGAAAACUAUUACGCGAUGCAAAACCUACAGAAUAUAACUUGAAAGGGCUUUGUGAAAGUGAUAAGUCUAUUGCACGCAAAUUUGAGGAAGAGAUAGCUAGUCUAGAAACAAUAACAAUAGACAAAAAAGAUAUUGAACAUCGUCUGCAAUUACUAUUAGACAUGAGUGACAUGAGUGGUAAUCCAGACAUUCGCAACAUGACUCAACAUCAACUACACCAAUACCAAAUGAUGGAGGCACGUCUAGAAGAACUACGAACUAUACAUGAACAAAAUGAUCGGGAUAUUGAAACCCUCAAGAAUUCACCUGAUCAUCUAGACAUUACCGAUCAAGAUAUGGGAACCCAUUCCCAAGAACUUCAGCAACAAACAGAAAAAAGCAAACAGCUCGAAGCACAAUUAACAGAAAAGCGUGCUAAACUGGCUGAAUUACGUAAAAGUAAAGCAGAACAUCAGCAAAUCAAUCAUAAACUCAGAACGAUCCAAUUUGACCAUUACAAGCAUACAGAAAAAGAUCAGCAUUUAGCUACACUUAAAAGAGAUAUCAAAGAAAAGAAACAGGCAUUAGAAGAAUUGUCAUCAAAGCAAAAGCACAAGACAUACAUUGAGACGCUCAUAGAUCAAUUGAAUGUGUGUUUACACGAUACAAAAGAUGCAGUGGAUGCAAGUCACUUGUUACAGGCAUUUACUACAGUCAAGCAACAAUUAGAACAACCACACACUUCCUUCAAGUCAUGGUUAGUAGAUACGUAUUGUGAAUUAUACUGAUGUUGACUCUAGUGAUGCCUAUCGUCCAUUCUUGAAUUAUGUGGUUGAUCGCACUACUGCUCAUCCUUUAGAUAAACAGCAUUUUGCUCGACUGUUUCCUUAUUAUAUGGAUCAGGCUAUUCAUGUACCUGAAGAGCGUCAAGUCAAGGCACGCAUUCUAUUGAAGCUCAUGGAUGAUGGUGAUAUGCCAUUGACUGAUUUAACUGAUUUUAUAGAGUCUUUUGCUCAAGAAAAAGAACUUGACACAAAAGAGGCUUCUCAGUGUAUUCAUAAGCUAGUGGGUCAACAACUCAUAAGAAUAGAUCAUACUGAGACAGAUAGUAUUGUAACAUUGUUAUUAUAGACUAAAAUAAAUGUGAUGUACAGUGGUAGAUAUUGUCGGCUAC